GCAGAACUAGUGAAAGGGAAUCUGCAAAGUGUUGGGCUGACGCUCCGCCUUGUGCAGUCCAAGGAAGAUGAUGCGGGGCAUGUUGUCAUCGAAACUGUGACUCCAAACUCACCUGCUGCAGCUGCUGAUCUACAGAGGGGAGACAGACUUCUAGCAAUUGGCAGUGUUAAAAUCACAUCAACUGUCCAAGUGCUGAAGCUUAUUAGACAGGCUGGGGACAGAGUUUUAGUCUUUUAUGAAAGGCCUGUUGGGUAUAAUCAGCAUGGUUCAGCACUGCAGGAUGGAUUUGGACAACUGGAAGACACAGCUUUCUUGACACAGCCAGAAGAUGACCAGGCUAGUUUAUCAGCUGAUGUUGAUAACAGAGAUUUUGAUUCUGAAUUUGAGGACUUAGCUUGUGAAUCACCUGACCAAAAAGAAGAUCUGCCAACAACUCCGAGUCCCAAACGUUCGGUAGUAAUACUUGCUGCUAAACCACUUGGAACUAUAUCUCCAAUUCUGAAUCGAAAACUACAUUUAGGAAGCUAUCAGACGACAUCAAAAACACAACAAAAAGAUGGAGCUAAAGUGGCAACACCCAAAACUACUGAGGGUUCAGAUGCAUCACAGCAAUCGGGUAAACAAUCACAAGGAUCCAGUACUAAGCCUCCUGUACCACCUAGGCCACAAAGUAAGCCUAUUUUGCCUACUAGUGAAACUCAGAAUCUGUUUGAAACUGGAGGUGUAUCUUCUGAAAAACCAGAGAGGCCACCUCCACCUGCAAAUAAUGGAGAUAAGUGUGCAGAGAAGGUAGUAAAGAACAAUGAUCAGAUAGAAGACCCAACGGUAUCAAAAAUAACAGCAGCAGCAAAACAAGAUACGUUAAAAGAUGGACUUUCAGAAAACGCACGUAGUUACAAAGAUAGUGGAGAUGAUCAUCAAACAUGGGAAUCACCAGAAAUUCCUUAUAAAGUCCGGCAAGGCCGAUGGCCAAGGACAAGAACGUCCUCCUGUCUAUUUGAAGUAGAAGGAUACCAUAAGUACCUUAAUGUUGCACUGUGGUGCAGAGACCCUUUCAAAGCAGGUGGUUUUAUCUGCUUAGGAUAUGCAAGCAUAAAACUUGAAGAAAUUGCUUUAGAUUGUAUAGCUACAUCCUCAAUGGAAUACAUUAGAACAUUUAAACUGGAUGCCCCUACACCUAAAGCAGCAGUCACUAGAACAGCAUUGCGGAAUUUGACAACCCAUAAGGGGUUCAAUGAAAAAUUUUGUUACGGUGAUGUAACUUUACACUUCAAAUAUUUAAAAGAAGGUGAAAUAGACGAUUCAAACUUUCUCCUGGAGAAAGAAAAGGAAUGCCACUUGGAAGAAGAAGCUCGUGUACUUCAGAAGGAGGAUCCUUUCUUGGGACAAAUUGUUCUUACGGAGAACAAGCAUAACUUUCAAGAUACUCAGUUUCAGAAUCCAACUUGGUGCGAUUACUGCAAAAAGAAAGUAUGGACUAAAGCAGCUUCACAGUGCAUGCUCUGUGCUUAUGUUUGCCAUAAAAAAUGUCAAGAAAAAUGUCUAACUGAGACGCCCUUUUGUGUAGGAGCCGAAAAGCGACUUGAUCGAACUGUGGGUGCUUGUAGAGCAGAAGGACAGGAAGCUCCCCAGGCUGCAUCCUCUCGUGUUGAUUCAGAAUCUAAAUCUGUUAACAGAACUACAGGUUUGACCAGGCAUAUCAUCAAUACAAGCACCCGUUUGUUAAACCUUCGUCAAGUCCCUAAAGCUCGCCUUUCUGAGCAAGGAACAGAGGUGGUAGAACCUUCGCCAAAGCACACACCAAACACUUCUGAUAAUGAAAGCAGCGACACUGAAAUCAGUGGGCCGAGCAGUCCUUCAAAACGUGCAGCAGGUACUGGGAUAAAGUUGGUCCGAAAGGAGGGUGGUCUGGAUGACAGUGUCUUCAUUGCUGUUAAAGAAAUUGGACGUGAUCUCUACAGAAGUUUACCCACAGAGGAGCGCUUUCAGAAAUUAGAAUUUAUGUUGGAUAAGCUGCAGAAUGAAAUAGACCAGGAGCUGGAAAAUAAUAAUUCACUUGUGAAAGAAGAAAAAGAGACGACUGAUGCAAGGAAAAAAGCCUUGAUUUCUGCUGCGCUGGCUAAGUCAGGUGAAAGACUGCAGGCCCUCACACUGCUGAUGAUCCACUACAGAGCAGGCAUUGAGGAUAUAGAGUCUUUGGAGAACAUGUCAUUAGAGCGGCAGUCCAAACGAGUGACUAAAGAUUCAGAGGAACCCAAUAUAGCAGAAGAAAUGGAUAACGAAGAUGUCAGUCUGAUGGAGGCUCCAACAUUCAACAUCAUAUCAGAAGAACCAGUUGAUCCACCUCAAUCAGUAGACUGA